AUGGAGGAAAGAGGAGAUAGAAUAUCUUCCUCUCGCCUCAAACCAGGCGAAUUUCCUCCUCUUAUAACCAUUUCUCCUCUAUCAUCUCCCCACAAACACACCAUACUCGUUCUUCAUGGUCGUGGCUUCAACGCUGAGAAAUUUCAUUCUCCUCUCCUCGCAUCUCUUUCCUCGAACCCAUCGGUGUCCUUCCAGGAAUCUCUUCCACACGCUCGUUUUGUCUUCCCAACUGCUCCUCUCGCUCGGGCGACCAAGUACCGUCGCUCACUGAUUCAUCAAUGGUACGAAGGCACAGGUGACUGGGAACCUGAAGCACGUGGCGAUAUGCGUCCAAGUGUGGAACAUGUCCAUAAAAUACUCAAAGACGAAAUCGAAAUGUUGAACGGUGAUGCUGGAAGAGUCGUACUUGGACAGAGUUUAGGUGCUGUGGUUAUCAUGAGUGGGUUCAUGCCUCUGGCUGAGACCUUAAUGGCUGAGAACGAAGAUGAGGAUAUCUCUGACGAUUGGAUGUUUGAGACGGAGGAGGACGGUAGAACGCCGCUGCAAAAAGCCAUCGACGAGCUUCGGGAAGAAGCAGAGCUUGACCCCGAACCGCCAGCAAAGUCCUUUCCUUUCAUAAAGACUCCGGUGUUUAUGGGACAUGGUCAAAGAGACAAAGAUGUCGAGCUUUAUGAUGGUCAACAGGCAGCUAACUGUUUGGAGCGCAUGGGAAUCGAGGUUGAGUUCAAGACAUACCCUGACAUGGCGCAUUGGUACUGCCCUGAAGAGUUGGGAGAUAUUACAAAGUUCAUAACUGAACGAGUAGGGACAUAA